UGUAGGAAGUGAUGUCACUUAAAUCUAAUGGCGGCUCACACAUGUUUCUUUGAAUGAGUUGAAACGUUCAGUAAACGUGUUAUCGAGACCCAACUUAUUACUAGUGAUUGCACCAUAAACUCUAUAUUUCAUCAGCUUUUAUAUACGUUUUCCUUUGGUUUUCAACAGUUGUCAACCAACUUGUAAAUGACUAGGCCUUGAAGGGGGGCAACUGACCGUCACUGAGGGCCCAAGAUCAGCAGGGGCCUUUAAUUGGACCCGUGAAGAUUCCGGGGUACAAUAGGCCUUCAGCAACCCAGAUGUCUCUCAACAAAUACAUGCACCCUCGGAACCCCUACAGACACCAGAAGCCAAACUUCCAACUCCUGGCCAGCAAGUACCCCGAGUUUAGCAGCCAUGUCGUAACGGACACGGCAGGCAAGGUGUUCUUGGACUUCAAGAACCCAGAAGAUUUGCGAGUUCUCACCAAGACUUUGAUGAAGGAAGACUUUGGCCUAGAUGUGGAGCUGCCCCAGGAUCGGCUGGUCCCAACUAUCCCAUUGAGACUCAAUUACCUCUUGUGGGUUGAAGAUAUCAUUGGAAGGAAGAAAUCUGGUGUUAGAGGAAUAGACAUUGGCACCGGUUCAUCUUGUGUUUAUCCGUUGCUUGGCAACAAGAUGAACAAAUGGUCCUUCUUGGCGACAGAUAUUGAUGCACAAAAUGUCUUCUAUGCCAGGAAAAAUGUUGAGAAAAAUAACUUGACUUCAGCAAUAACAGUUAAGAAAGUGACAGAAGAUGCUUUGAUUACUGGGGCGCUGCUGGACGAGGAUUCAGACGUGACGUACGAAUUCUGCAUAUGUAAUCCGCCUUUCUUUGCGGACCACAUGGAAGCACAGGCAGUGUCGACAUCCCGCAGCGUGGAGCGCAGUGAGCCCUGCUCCGUGAGCACUGCCAGCCCCAAGGAGAGUAUCGCCCCCGGAGGGGAGGUGAUGUUUGUCAAACAGCUGAUUGCUGACUCAGCAGCUCUGAGGACCAGAGUAAGAGUGUACACAUCAAUGCUGGGCAAGAAAACCAGCAUACCCCCCCUGAAGGAGGAGCUUCGCAAACUACAGGUUCCAAAAUAUGCCACUACAGAGUUUUGUCAGGGGAAGACAAUGCGGUGGGGCAUCGCCUGGUCAUUUGAUGAAAGUGUCGUGUUUCCAAAGUCCGCCUUCCAAUCCUCCAAGAAUGAGAAGCCCCCUCUGUCGUACAUCGUGCCGUUCGCAGCUGGUGGCUCCAUCUAUGAUGUGCCACAUCUGACACAGCAUAUCAAGACUCUACUCAAUGAACUUCAGAUUCAGCACAGGGAAAAGAAAUGUCACAAGGGCUUCUCCAGCCUUGCAGUAGUAGCAUACGACAACACCUGGUCCAACCAGAGACGGAAACGUCGACUGAAGCUGCGAGAAGGGGCAGACAACUCUACCGGCAUCACGGCCGAUACCUCUGUCGUGACAGACAAGCUUGGUGAAGAGUUGAAGGAAAGUGGGAAGGGAGAUAACUCCGGGUUGGAGGUGAAGGGAGACGACUCUGGAUUGGAGGUGAAGGGAGACAACUCCGGCUUGGAGGUGAAGGGAGACAACUCUGGGUUGGAGGUGAAGGGAGAUGACUCCGGGUUGGAGGUGAAGGGAGACGACUCUGGGUUGGAGGUGAAGGGGGACGAAUCGGGGUUAGAGGUUAAGGGAGGUGAUGAUAGUGGCUCUCUCAAUGUCAGCGGUGACAUGGAUGUGGACGGUAGUGUGGAUGAUUCUGAACAGAGGAAGAGGAAAGCACCGGAAACUCUGCUGGAAGAAUCAGGUGAAAGCAAAAGGAUCAAAGUUAUGGAAGACACAGAAGUUGUUGUGAAAAACAUUGAAACUGAAUUAGUUGAUAACAGCAAAUCACAAGAUUGUGAUAUAAACAGAUCAGGACCUGAUGGCUCGAUGAAAUCCAAACCUGAUGACACAAGUAAUGUGGCAGAUGUGAAGAAACCAACCCCUUCAGAUCUGGCAAAGUCUGGCAAGAAGCGGUAUAUCCUUAAGUGCGACGUGAACUUGAAGAAGCCGGCUGGGCAUCCGGAGGUGACGCUGGAGAUGGUUUGGCGCGACGGAGACAGACGCGAGCUGAUGCAUCAGGUGAUGCAGUACUUGAAGAACAAGCUGAAGCCGCCAUGUUGACGGACUUGAUGCAUGUGGGUACACACCUCAAAAUAUGGACUCACCGAUUUGGUCAUAGACAUGAUUCAUGUCAUCAGUGCUUUGCAUCUAAGUCUGGGCACCAGGCAGCCGAGGUAGAUGCCCUACGUCUCUCUGCUCUGUCAAACCAGCUCUUGGUGUCCCGUCAUGAUUUGACCUCAGUACUGCACGAAGACCCAUGAAGACCCAUGGAGACCUCCCUGAACCCCUUGUUGCCUCACUCACCCUGUAGGGUAAUGUAGCUCACUAUUUCAUGGCAGAGCACACUGAGCAGCAUACAUAUCUCGUCUGCACAAGUGGUACCAUGGUUACCUUGAUACAUACAAUGUACAAUCAGACCUGGAUAUAACAAAGUUGUAUACAGCAAAUAAAUGUUAUAACGAA